GCGUAUAGAGGAGACUCAGGGGAACUUCCGGUGGGAGUAUCCGGCGCCGAGCGGAGCCAAUCGGUGGCGUGGAGUCCCUGCAUUGGUCUCGCACAGCAACACUCUGACUACAAUUCCCAAGGUGCACCGAGAGCAUCUCCCUGUUUAAACGGGCCAAUCGGCGGCCAGCGAAGGUCGGCGCAGCAUUUAAACCCGUAGCCGAGUAUCAGCUGGGAUUUUUGGCCCUCCAAGUGAAAAUCUAGGGCGAACUUGGUGGAAGGUGGAGAGGGCCGCGACGUGCCUUCGGCCAGCCAGGCGAAGGAGGUGAAGAUGGAUGCUGGUAGUAAGCAGGAAGACAUUCUUCUUUUGGAAGAUGAAAAAUUUGACUUCGAUCUUUCCUUGUCUUCUUCAAGUGCAAAUGAAGAUGAUGAAGUCUUUUUUGGGCCGGUUGGACAUAAAGAAAGAUGCAUCGCUGCCAGCUUAGACUUCAGCGGCCACGUUCCCGAGCAGACUCUUGCCGCAGCCCCUGGCAGCCCUUGUACCUGGAGCCCUCUCACUGGGGAGAAGUUUGUAGAGGUGUACAAAGAAGCCCACUUACUGGCCUUACAGAUUGAAAGCCACAGCCGAAGAGGGGUGACCCAGACUGCCAAGCCCAAACAGCCUGUGAACCAGGGCGUGGAAAGAUUUGUGCAGAACUCACAGUUAAAAAUCAGCCUCUUUGAAAAAGAGCAGAAGAAGGAAAAAAGCCCCAUGUCACUGAAAAGAGAGACAUUCUGCCUGCCGUCUUCAGGGGUGCAGCCUCUCUUGGGGGAGCCCCAGCUGCCGGCUUCUCCAGCCCUGCUCAGCUCCCCUGUCCCAGCUGGCCCUGUUCAGACCCAGAGCAACCAGGGUCUGUCCUCCCCCUCUCAGCCACUGCCAGGGGAGUCGAGGACCUCCCAACCUCCGAAACAGCCUGGGCCUCAGAGGAGGAUCUCCAGCAAGCUACAGCCGCCCCGAGCUUUGCCUGUGAGAGGAAGACAUCCUCACCCGGCCACAGAGAAGCUCAGAAAAGAGGUGCCAGCUGGUCUUCAGAAGAUGAAACUGCUGAAUGAAAAGGGAUCACAGAGUGAUGUGCUCCUGGAUAAACCCAGCACUGCUCCAGAUGCUGCCAGUAGAGGGAGCCGCCCAGGCAAGCGAUCCCUUCCUGUUCCUAGCAAGUUGGGGCUGAAGAAGACCCUGUUAAAACCACCAGGCUGUACUGGCAGUCUCACAAGGAAAUCCUCUGCCUCAGGGUCUGCUUCGAGCCUCAAGUCUGGUGCCUGUGUGUCUCCAGCAGCAGGCAAAGCAAAGUCCUUUGAUCUUUCAAAUAUUCCCACUAGCAGCUCUCGGCCUCUGUCAAACACCAGCAAAUUGGGCAAAAUAGGCCCCGCCUCUCUGAAUCAGGCUUUGCCAACAGCCCCUGCCAGGGCAUCUUGCAGACAAGCCAGAAGGGCUAAUGCUGCCCAGACAAUGGCAGAGCAGCCCAAGACCUCCAUCCUGACUCCUGUCAGUCAACAACCCCAGACUCCGGAACAAAGAGGACCGAGGCUGGACCCUGACACCCUGACAUCAUCUCAGUUGAAUAAAACUGGCAGUGUAAAGCGGCAGGACUCCAAUCCAAACUGCAAGCCAGAGGCCGUGUCUACCCCUACAAACCCAUUUAAAGUCCCCCAGUUUUCUGUUGGCGAGGCAACUGAUGGUGUGACCCCCAAGUUCUCUCGGACACCUCGGCUGCAGUCCUGGACACCAGCUGCCAGGGUCCUCAGCAGCACUCCUGUGAGGCGCUCAAUGGGGCCCACUUCACAAGGGCUGCCCAGCAGUAUGAGGACCCCUGUGAGCACAAGGCGGAUGUCAGCAUUGCCCACACCCGCCAGUCGGCGCCUCUCUGGCCUUCCGUUAAUGGCACCUCAGUCCAUGCCCAGGGCUCUGGCAUCCCCACUGUGUGUGCCUGCCCGGCGGCUUUCUUCUGAGCCCAGGAGAAGAUCUACAGUCAGAGCGGAGCUGACCCCAGAGAAGCCGACCCAGGAGAAGCCGACCCCGGAGAAGCCGACCCAGGAGAGCAGCGGCAGUACCAGUGGUGGGCAGGGCCAAGGCCUGUCCUCAGAUGAGAGCUCUUCCCCUCCGUCCUCCGUGCCUCACGCACUUGACUUUUCUCCAGAGAAGAGUGACUUUCCUGCUCCCCAAGGCUCCAGCACAGGGGCAGCUCAGGGUGAAGCAGAGCUUCGUGAAGACACAAGCCCCAGUGAGGGUCUUCUCCUGGACAUCAAGCUGGCCCAGCUCACCAUCACUCCUGAAGCAGGGGCCAGAGACCUGGCGGAUCGCCCUCUCAUUGACUUCAGCAACACCCCUGAGUCGAACAUAGCUUUAGGACCCAGCAGCUGGCCCCUGAUCGACCUUGUAACGAACACUCCACACAUGGAUAGAAACGGUGUGGGGAAACCUCCAAAGGCUGAGCUUGGGCAGCUGAUCGACCUGGGCUCCCCGCUCAUCCAGCUGAGCCCUGAGGCUGACAAAGAAAAUGUGGACUCACCACUUCUCAAGUUCUGAGCAGAGUGCAACCCUCUGCCCUUUAGUCUGUUUGCUUCUGCUGUGGCUUUAGACUCCGAGAAGCACAUUGGGAAGGAAUUGUAUUUGAUUUGGGGGGAGCCUGUUAUACUGCUGGUGUGGAGCGGUGCCCAGGUGAGGUCCCCACUGUGGACCUAAGCAAUCCACCUCUGUGGCGCCCUGCUCCUUGCCUUUUCUCUGGACUUGAACAUAGCUCUAAAAACUUUGUUUUGAUUCUUUUGUAUGUAAAAUAGUCUGUAAACUUCAAUUUGUUUGAAAGGUUAAAUAUUCUAGAUUUAAAUUAUAAAGUAAAAUGUAUUAAAGAAUGCUUGAUUUUCACACUUGA